CUGAGGAGAACAUCAAAGAGAUACAUAUCUUGAUCAGUGAAUCCAACACAAACAACUCAUUCGCAAGUUUUAACUUCUGGCGCGGCAAGGUUCUGCAGUACAGAGUAAGACAUCAAAAAAUUCAUAAAGGAGACAAGAAUCUACAGGCAUUAGCUAUCACACGAAGCAAGCUAAAAGGCCGAGAGAUUCUUAAAGACUUCGACAGGGCAAAGCGAUUCUUUUACUCUCUCUAACCUUGCUUCUCUCAAAGACAAGUCCUUUUCGUGCCUUCGAUCUCUUACUGUCUCUAACUUUCUCUCUCUCUAUAUAUAUUUAUACUUGCAGGCAAUUUGGUGGUGAACUGCAAAGCUUACCAAUUAAGUUUAUGAGUCUGGAGGAGUGCAUUACACAUACGAAGAGCUCUUGGUUGUUCAGAAAUCGAUCUUGCACCAUGGAUGGCGACAUGAAACAUCUGCGGGUUAAGUUUUCUGGGGUGAGGCAGGAAGAUCAUGGUGGUGGCCACACUAUACCAGUUCCAUCUCAGCAAAGCACAAGUUUUGGUAGAGGACUAUUGAGUGAUGCGGAGGAAUACGAUGCAGCGUAUGCAGCCACGGUGGCAGCAGUGGCUUAUGCUAUUGCUGCACGAGAGGAGGAGAGGCUAGCGUCUCAAGAGAAGCCUAUUGCAGAGAAGUUUGGAACCGAAGGGAAGACCAUGGCGGAUAAGGUAGCCUCUGGAAAGAAGCCUGCUUCACUUGGUGGUGAGUCUCGGAUCACCCCGCAGUCCAAGUCACCACACAAGAGAGGUGAAAGCUUUAAAAGGCCUAUUGAAGGCAGCCGAUCUACCAAAUGGUUUAGCGGGAAAGAGCCCAUAGACGACGCCUACGAUGACGAACAAGGAGCUAAUGUGUCGGUGCGGAGGCCGUUAAGACCGGCACAAAAGAAGCCAGAAGGUGUAGUCUCAUCUGACGAAAAGGUAGCGGAUAAGGUGUUGAAUGAUUCUGCCCCAAGCAAAAAGAAGGAAGCGAGUUUCGCCCGAAAAGGACCAGAAAAGAAAGGAAGCAGGAAAUUUGAGCGAGAUGAAGGGAAUCAGAUGCUGCCACCAACGGCAGCCACUACGGCCAAGCCAAUGAGCUCAUAUUCCGGUAGAGAGAGUAGAGUUGCCACCCCUGGAAUGGCCUUUUCCAGUGAGGCCGAAGUGAUGGCAGACGCUUGGGAGAAGGAGAAGUUGGCCAAAAUCAAGAAGCAGUACAACGAGACCAUGGACACUAUUAUCGAAUGGGAGGCAGAGAAGAAGGCCAAGGCCAGGCGGCAAAAGGAACUGAAAGAUGAGAGCGACUCGGAAAGGAAGCGCGCUAAGGCCCUGGAGGAGUACAACGAGGAGAUGUCGAGGAUCAACAAGGUGGUUACAGCGUCGAAGUUGACGGCGGAGGAGAAGAGGAGGAACGCGGAGAUAAAGGUCAGGGACAAGGCACAAACGAUACGGUCCACAGGGAAGCUUCCCAGGACAUGUGGAUGUUUCUGAAAACAUAUGCCACAGCUAGAGAACUCGACCCUAAAUGAUAAUAUAGUACAAGAUAUACGAGUUAUUAAUACUGUUCUGGCAUUGAACUACUGCCCCUGGAGCCCAUGUUUUUCAUUCAACACAAGAAAGAGCUUGGACUGUUGCUUUCUGUUUUUGACAAACAGUAGACUUGAUUCGCUUUU